GUCAUCAAAUCUCCCAGAAGCCUCGUCACCAGGAAGUAGUAUGCCGACGAGCUCUCCGGUUUUGUUUUGACAAUGGUGGAGGAGGAAGAAUUUGAAUUUGCGGAGGAUUUGGAGGCGAUUUUGCACCUCACACCUGAGGUGCAGCUGGCUAUUGAGCAGGUGUUCCCCAGUCAGGACCCGCUGGACAGAGCAGACUUCAAUGCUGUGGAAUACAUCAACACGCUGUUUCCCACUGAACAGUCUUUAGCCAAUAUUGAUGAUGUGGUAAAUAAAAUCCGCCUGAAGAUUCGGCGUCUGGACGACAACAUCAGGACAGUGGUGAGAGGCCAGACCAACGUGGGCCAGGAUGGCAGGCAGGCGUUGGAGGAAGCCCAGAUUGCUAUCCAGCAGCUCUUUGGCAAAAUCAAAGACAUCAAGGACAAGGCAGAGAAGUCUGAACAAAUGGUCAAGGAAAUUACAAGGGACAUAAAGCAGUUGGAUCACGCCAAGCGCCACCUCACUACUUCCAUCACCACCCUCAACCACCUGCAUAUGUUAGCAGGGGGUGUGGAUUCUUUGGAAGCCAUGACCAGAAAGAGGCAGUAUGGCGAGGUGGCCAAUUUGCUGCAGGGAGUGGUAAACGUGCUUGAACAUUUCCACAAGUACAUGGGCAUUCCCCAGAUCAGACAGCUCUCUGAGAGAGUAAAGGCAGCACAGAGUGAGCUGGGAACUCAGAUCCUGGCAGAUUUUGAAGAAGCCUUCCCCUCUCAGGGCUCCAAGAGACCAGGUGGCCCCAGUAAUGUGCUGAGAGAUGCCUGUCUGGUGGCCAAUGUCUUGGAUCCCCGCAUAAAACAGGAGAUAAUCAAAAAGUUUAUUCGGCAGCACCUCUCAGAGUAUCUAGUGCUCUUCCAGGAGAACCAAGAUGUUGCGUGGUUGGACAAAAUCGACCGGCGCUACGCCUGGAUCAAGCGGCAGCUGGUAGAUUACGAAGAGAAAUACGGACGAAUGUUUCCUGAGGAGUGGUUCAUGACAGAGCGCAUUGCUGUGGAGUUCUGCCACAUCACCAGGGUGGAGCUAGCUAAAGUGAUGCGAACACGGGCCAAGGAGAUCGAGGUGAAGCUGCUUCUCUUUGCCAUCCAGAGAACCACAAACUUCGAGGGUUUACUGGCAAAACGUUUCACGGGAUGCACCUUGACCGACACACCUGGACAAAAGAGGCCGGAGAGCCCCCUAGAGCCAACGAACCCCUUCUUGGAGGAGGAGCCCGGUGAGGAUGUGGGCACAGAAAAGGAUGACGAUUUAGCCAAGCCCAGGAAACCGAAAGCUCCAGACAACCCUUUCCACGGCAUUGUCUCCAAGUGCUUUGAACCUCAUCUAUACGUCUAUAUAGAGUCCCAAGACAAGAACUUGGGCGAACUGAUUGACCGGUUCGUGGCGGACUUCCGAGCCCAGGGCCCACCCAAGGCGGGCACAGAGGAGGGCGGAGCGGUGCUGCCCAGCUGUGCUGACCUGUUCGUCUACUACAAGAAGUGCAUGGUGCAGUGCUCCCAGCUGAGCACCGGAGAACCCAUGAUUGCGCUCACAACUGUCUUCCAGAAAUUUCUGCGGGAGUACGCUUGGAAAAUCCUCUCUGGCAACCUGCCAAAGUCCAGCAGUAACAGCGGGGGUCUCACCAUCACCAGUCUACUGAAGGAGAAAGAGGGCUCAGAAACUGCGAAGUUCACUGUAGAUGAGCUCUGUCUGAUCUGUAGCAUCCUGAGCACUGCGGAGUACUGCUUAGCUACCACACAACAGUUGGAGGAGAAGCUAAAGGAAAAAGUAGAUAAAAUCCUAGUGGAGAGAAUUAAUUUAACUGGGGAGAUGGAUACAUUUAGCACUGUGAUCUCAAACAGUAUCCAGCUCCUUGUUCAAGACCUCGAUGCUGCAUGUGACCCUGCCCUUACUGCUAUGAGCAAGAUGCCGUGGCAGAGCGUGGAGCAUGUCGGCGACCAGAGUCCAUACGUGACCUCAAUCAUCAUGCACAUUAAACAAAAUGUGCCGAUCAUAAGAGAUAACCUGGCGUCCACGCGCAAAUACUUCACACAAUUCUGCAUCAAGUUCACAAAUUCCUUCAUUCCUAAAUUCAUCAACCACCUGUUCAGGUGUAAGCCCAUCAGCAUGGUGGGAGCUGAACAACUUCUUCUUGAUACACACUCCCUGAAGACAGUCUUACUGGAUCUGCCCUCCAUAGGCUCUCAGGUGCUGCGCAAGGCACCAGCCAGCUACACCAAGAUAGUGGUGAAAGGCAUGACUCGUGCUGAGAUGAUACUGAAGGUGGUGAUGGCCCCACAUGAACCACCGGUGGUGUUUGUCGAUAACUACAUCAAGCUCCUGGCAGACGGCAACCCCGAAACCUUCCAGAAGAUUCUGGACAUGAAGGGCCUGAAGCGCAGUGAGCAGAGCAGCAUGCUGGAGCUGUUUAGGCAGAGGUUGCCCACGCCGCCCUCCGGCGCCGACGGCGGCCCCUCCCUCUCCUUCAGCGCCCCCACCCCUGAGCAGGAGUCCUCCCGCAUCCGCAAACUAGAGAAACUCAUCAAGAAGAGACUGUGAACAGUUGCACUCUGAAAUCAGAGCUUACAAAAUGGCUGGAGGAAGAGUUCAUCCUCCCCUUUUUUGCAGUCUUGAUUUCAUUUGACAGCGUUUUCUUACUAAACAUGUGAAGAAACUUUCCCCAGUUGCUGCUCUUAUUAACUGUGUUUGUUACUUCUGUAAUUUCCCUCCUUCCUCUUUUAUGACACUAAUGACUGGACUAGGUACCAUUGUUGCAUUGUGUUCUUACACUCAGAGGAUGUGGAGCUGUUAACUAAACUCUGCUGUGUCUCUGGGAUGACUACAGUCGGCCUGAUGUUGAUUAAAGCUGAUGUUUUAGAGUACAAUGCAUUCUAAUCACACUCCCAGUUUCUUUCUGCUAUUGUAAUUUCAACUGAGGGAUGACCACGCAGCGUAUCUGCAUCUCUGCCAUCCAUUAAAGUGGACAUGCGUCACAGGUGGUUAUGUUUCAGUGGCCGGUGGUCUGAACUGAACCACUAGCAGGUGUUCUCUGCAAUGAAGGGUCAUUGGAUUUCGAGUAUCUUCAAACAUAAAGACGUCUUUGUUUUGAAUUAUGAAUCCCCUGAGAAGAACAUGUAAAUUAUGACCAGUUGACUAAAUGUAUUUGACCUGGACAUGUAUGUAACAUGGGUUUCUUUCCUUACUGUAUGGUGGAAAAACAAAUCCUGUAUUUGCACUGGCAUAUUUUCUGUAAAUGAAGUGAGACGAUGUACAUCUAUGUCUGUACUAAACAUAUUCCAUUCAGACACAGUGUGACAGCUUUAUUGUGAUACUUGGUGAUACUAGGUGCAUUCCUAAGCAGUUUCUGGAGUAAAGGUUAAAUCCCUGGUUAUAGAGGUCACUGUUCUUCUUGUGGACUGAAUUAACACAGCUGUCCUACCUGUCUGUCUUUGAACUGUAUGUUAAACUGGCACUUGUUGAACGAGUAAAACAUGCUGCAAGAUG